GCUGACAUGAGCAAUGACACCAGCAUUUUAUCUGGACCACAUGUCACAGGAUUCAGGUUAUAAUUUUCCCCAGCAGAUCCAUACCAGGCAGCUGCUGCAAAUCAGCCACUGAAGUUCCAAGGAAUUCGCAAAAAGGUCUGUGUGAAAUCACCCAUAAUGAAUACUUCAACCACAUCAUUCUUCCUUCCAAAUGCAGACAGCCAGGCUCAAGGAGCUAAUCACACUGGUGCUGCAGGAAAGGCAGAGCCAUCUUAUGCUGUCCUCAAGUUCAUGGAAAGCUUCUGCCUCAUCAGUGCUGCCUGUGGGAUGGUGGGAAAUGGCAUGGUCAUAUGGUACCUUGGCUUCCGCAUCCGCAGAAACCACUUCACUGUCUACAUCCUAAACCUAGCUGCUGCCGACUUUGGGUAUCUGCUCUGCAUUGCCAUCGAGACAGUUAAGUACUUGAUGCAGUUCAACGUGGGAGUGCAGUUUGGGAUAUUCCUCUUCCUGGAUCUUUUCAUGUAUGGGACUGGCUUGUAUCUCCUGACGGCCAUCAGCAUUGAGAGGUGCCUGUCCGUCCUCUGUCCAAUAUGGUGCCGAAGCCACCGCCCAAAGCACUUGUCCAGCAUCAUUGCCGGUCUGCUCUGGGGUCUCUCCCUGCUGCUGAACACACUCGGAUAUGUAUUGUGUACCAUUCACCCCUCCAGCAGCUGCUGGCCCCUGCUGAUCACCAUUGGAGUCUUGGAUUUCCUCUUCUGCACACCCCUUAUGCUGCUCUUCAGCCUGACCCUCUUCCUCAGAGUCAAGUGCAGCUCCCAGCACUUCCGAACAGGCAGGCUCUUCACUGUCAUCAUGCUCACUGUCCUCUUCUUCCUCAUUUUUGCUGUGCCUCUGAGCGUCCUGAUCCUCUUUGAUUUCUUGGGCUACAAAUUUCUCUACUCCCCUGAGAUUGGUUUUGUGCUGUCCUGCGUGAAUAGCAGCCUCAACCCGGUCAUUUACUUCCUUGUGGGGAGCUACAGGGAUCGGAGAAUCAAGUUUGCCCUAAGACUGGCAUUCCAGAGGGCCUUUGAAGAUUCAGCAGAUGACAAAGAUGAACGGGAAACCCGUGACACAGUAACUAUGUCCUCCUAAUACCCUGCUGUGCCUAACACAGUGACAGCGCUCUGGCGUUGAGGGCUGACUGCUUACAGAACUGAAGAACUUUGAGGUAUUCGGGGAGGCGGAUCCUCUCACCUAACCUUCAAUGUCGUCAUUGGGGACGUCUAUCCUUCCGCUAGUUAUUUGAAGCUCCAUCUGUAUUAGGACUACACUGAAAGUGCCUAUUUAUUUUCAGUGACUAUUAAAUUAUUUUGAUGUGAUAAGGUGAAAUGUCUUGAUGCCUGUAUUUCAUCAGUGUACUCCCAUCCAGGGUUUACAGCUCACCCAAUAAAGGUCCAUCUUUCAGAGCAAGACAAAAUUGACAUUCAUAAAUAGUUAUGAAUGAAUAGUUAAUUUUUUACUUGGAUCUCUGAAGAUGAUAUGGGAUUCAUCCAACUCCUUUGAAAUCAACCAAGAAUUUCCUGUAGGACAGUCUAUCUCCCUUAAUUUUAAGUAUGUGUAUCUCAGCAAUACAUGAAGCCUUUUGCGGCUUGUAGGGUGCAUGAUUCUUUGCUUCCUAAUGUAAGCAUUUCAAAUAGUGAAAUGCUUUAUGCUCCGGAAGUCCCUUUCUCCUAUUAGCUAGGGAGUGUUUCAUACCGCAGAGUUGUGAUGUAGCAGAAAAGGGCUCCAACCCCUACCAACGUUCUUUGCAACUUCAUGCACCGAGUUGCAUGCUCUGUUUUCUUGUAUUUCAAAGCAAUACAGAGCUGGAGUUGCAUAUUAUUUUAGCUUCCUCCAACACAGCACAAAGUAUCUGCAUUUAACUACAACAUACAUUGGGUUGUUAUUUCUUCCUUUAAGAAUGACAUAAGAACCCAUGGCCUCUAACAUUUCCUGACCUACCAUUAGAAAUAACGUCAAGGAUAAUGAAAAAAUAGGAAACAGAAGAAAAUUAAACAAAUAGCACAAUUUACAAUAAAUAAAUAAAUACAUAAAAUCUCGAGACCUAAUUCCUGGAGAUGCAAGAUAUGAUUAUUUGAAAUGUUGGACUAUAAGACUGCCCAAUAUUUGCUCAUUCAACUUAAAUUAACAGAAGAGGGCAACACAAGUAAUUUUCUUUGAGAAACUUUAUAGGCUUCCUCUUCAUGCAUUCAUCUGCAAAUAUGUUCCUAAAGGAAACUUCCCUUCUUCUCCUGUCUAUUUUCUUUUCUCUGUUCAUUUGUCUUUUUAUUAAUAUUGAAAAACAACAAUUAAAACUAGUGGUCACCCUAAUGUCUGUGGCUGCUUUUUGCUUCCCAUUUACAGUUCCUGAAAGCUGAAAAUUGAGUUCCAUUUCUAUUAUUCUUUAAAUUUUAAUGCUAUUUUUCUGCAAUUAGGUCUAUGCCAUCAAUUAUUUUUAGUAAGAUUUUUUGUUCUUCCAACCUCUACUGGAGUUGGGAAGAGACCAUCCAUUUAUCAGAAUACAUAUUAAAAUGUUUUCCUUUUAAUAUCUGUAAUGAUUUUCUCAUUGGGAGAACAGAAGUU